AUGCCAAAGGUGAGACGAGACAACUCAGUGUCCACCGAUAAGUCCCGGCAUUCUCCAUACAAAUGCAACACCAACACCGGUCAUUCAAAGCGAUUAGAAAAAGAUCAAAAUCUGAAAGAAUGGGAAGAAGCUCGAUGCCCUCUGCGAGAUGAAAAGUGUUGCGCGUGUGCUGCGUCACGCAGCAGUAAGAGGUUUGGAGAGGUUUUUUUCCGAAAAACAAACAGCACCUUAUGUUCUUCACACGACAACAAUUGUCGCCCUUACAUGUGUGACACAAGCCUCCGCCACUCCAAUUGCUUCAACCAGUUCCGUAAGUCCUUUGAAACUCCGGCCACCACCGGUGAACCACCGUCCAUCGCCACCGUCCAGGAAUCAAAAGUGGUAUGUCCGCUCUGUCGGGGACAGGUGAAAGGGUGGGUGGUGGUGGAAGCCGCCCGUGAGUUCAUGAACACGAAAUCAAGAAGCUGUACAAGUGAAACGUGUCAGUUUUCAGGGGUGUAUUCAGAGUUAAGGAGGCACGCGAGGGUGGUGCACCCUCUGGUAAGACCAUCGGAGGUGGAUCUUAGGCAACGGCAGGAGUGGCGGUGGCUGGAAGGAGAGAGCGAUCUUUUGGAUUUUUUGCGUACACUUGAAUCAACAUUGAGGGCUUAUGUGGUUAAUAUGUCUAGACCGGGAAACGGUUCGAGAAGAUCUCGAGCGAGGGCUCGGGACGCGGUUGUUGGUGAGAGUUAG